AUGCAGUCGGGCGUGGUACCAAAGGUGAAGGAGACAAAGAAGACCAGGAUGAGAAGCACGAGAGCGAACCCAAACCUCGAUGGGCAAUCCCCCGCGCCCACUAUCGAGAACAAUCUAGAGAUGUAUAUUGCGGAGGACGACCAGUUUAUGCCGGAGAACUGGAUACCUCGAUCGCCUGCUCUCAUUCGGCUGGCGGGCAAAAGCCCUUUAAAUGCGGAGCCGCCGAUGAGUGAACUGUUCGGCGCGGGAAUGAUAACCCCUACAAGACUACAUUACGUUCGAAGCCACGGUCAAGUCCCGAGAUUAACCUGGGAAACACAUUUGCUCGACGUAUUUUCGCACCCACCCGAUAUUCUUCCGAACGCCAAGAAAUUUUCGAUGGAUGAAUUGGCAAGUAUGGAUUCUAUCUGCCUCCCUGUGAACAUCGCCUGCGAUAACAACAGGCGAGGUGAAUAUAACUUGAUCAAGAAAACCAAGGGCUUUAGCUGGGCUGCUGGUGCGACGGCGUGUGCAUACUGGAAAGGAGUCCCCCUGAGAGACGUACUGAUUGCUUGUGGCGCACCGGAGAGCCCACCUUCGGGAAAGAAAUGGUUUGUGCACUACGAAGGCGCAGAUAAUUGUUCCAGCGGGCCUUACGCUACCUCUAUACCCUUUAUCUACGCUAUGGACCCGAUGAACGACGUGAUGCUGGCAUAUGAGAUGAAUGGACGAGUACUACACCCUGAUCAUGGCUAUCCACUGCGAUCUAUCAUUCCGGGCUUUGUUGGAGGAAGAUUGAUCAAGUGGUUGAAGAAGCUCUGGAUUAGCGAAGAGGAGAGCACGAAUUGGUAUCACGUUAGUCGCUUGUCUCUUCGCGUUAUGCCCUCUUUUGUGACCGAACAGGAUAGUUUGCUCGCAAAGGUGUUCUACCAUCACCCUUCGACCGCUUGCUAUGAGCAGAUCUUAAACAGUGCCAUCUGCCGUCCCGCACAUGGGGAACAAGUCGCGCUGGACCAGCGGAAGUACAAGAUUCAAGGGUAUGCAUAUGCGGGUGCGGGUGCCGAGAUCACUAGAGUAGAAGUGAGUUUAGACGAGGGCAAGACCUGGAAGUACUGUUUUCGUCGGUGGCCGGAUGCCCCUUUGCGGCACGGCCGCAAGUUCUGGACAUGGUUACACUGGUAUUGUGAGGUGAAAGUUGAGGGCCUGAUAACUGCGAAGGAGGUUCGCUGCCGCGCAUGGGAUUCUCAGAAGAAUACACAACCUGUUCACCCUACUUGGAAUAUCCUGGGUACUUUGAACAACUCUAUAUAUGUUAUCAAAUCGACUACUGUCAAGGACGACAACGGAAUCGCCGUCACCUGGAAGCAUCCUGUGGUGCCCGGAUCUGACGAUGGAUGGAUGAAACCUUCACCGGAAGAGCAAGUGAAGAUAGCUGUCGAAGCUCGGACGUCAGGCGCAGCAGAUGGCGAUAAGCAAUUCACGAUUGAGGAGGUGGAGAAACAUGCUGCUAGAAACGACUGCUGGAUCGUGAUUAAUACAAAGGUUUAUGACGUGACCUCCAUUCUCAGCUGGCACCCUGGCGGAGCCAAUGCUAUCAUGCCGCAUGCCGGCAAAUGCCAUACCGAAACUACCCUCGAAUAUGCCAGGAAACGGGACGAGUGCUACAUUGGCGUUCUGACAAAGAAGGGCGUCGAGCUAAUGAGGGAAGACGCCAAACGCGCCACGGAAGCUCGCAGCAAAGAAUCCAAGGAGAGAGACGAGUAUGCCCUGAAGAAACAUAGUUGGUGCCCUGUGACUUUAGUCAAAAGGUCGGAGCUGUCGCACGAUACCAGGCGCUACACCUUUUACCUUCCUGCAGGUGAGGGUAUGAAGAAGAAAGUAGGCAUACCCAUAGGAAAUCACAUUGGCAUGGGUGUACAUUUCAGGGAUAGGAUGGUGACCCGCCCGUAUACUCCCACAAGGCCCGUCCUAGCUUCUGAAGACGACGGAACUUUCGAUUUGGUAGUGAAAUCAUACUUCCCUGACGAAGAAGGCAAAUUUCCGCCCGGAGGAACAAUUGGUAACUACCUGGACUGCUUGAAGGAGGGCGAACAGAUAGACGCGAAAGGGCCCAUGGGAGAGGUUGUCUACCUUGGGAGUGGCAAAUUCACUUCUGAUGGCGAAGAGCACCGGUUCAGCAAGAUCAACCUCCUCGCUGGAGGGUCCGGUAUCACCCCUCACUAUCAACUCAUACAUGCUAUUGUCCUUGAUGAUUCUGACGAUACGAAGUUGAAGCUGGUGUACUGCAACAAUUCUGAGGAUGACAUACUCCUGUUCGAAGAGCUCAAUGAUCUGGCAGAGCGCAGUCAAGGACAAUUCGAGAUCUGGCAUAUUCUCAGUCAUCCGAAAGACGAAGAAGACUGGAAGAAGACUGGAGGUACUGGUCAGUUCGACGAAGGUGUCAUGAAGGAGAGAAUGUUCGAGCCAUCCGAUGACUCUUGUGUCUUCGUCUGUGGUCCCCCAGGCUUAGUGGAGAAAUCCGGUAAACCCAGUCUGGAGAAAUGGGGAUUCAAGGACGGGAAAUCGAUGUUUGGAUGGUAG